AUGUUGGAUGUCGGGUCAUCCGACUUUGUAUACAAUGCUAUUGUCGAGAACAAUAUUCUUGGGAGAAUGAUUGUUACAUCAUUAAACACCGUGAGUGGUGUUGGUGUGUGCAAGCCAAGAUGUCAGGACACGAGUCCAAGUGACAUGAGUGACGAGGAACUGACCCUGGAGGGCCGGGUGAAGUCACAAAUGGAUGUUGUCUUUGAAAACAACGAGGUGCAUGCACCUAACGACGAGGUACUGACCCAUGAGAGUGGGGUUCAGUCAGUAAACGAAGUGGUCUUUGACCUUGAGGUGUGUACACCUAUGGACGCUAAUGAUGCGUCGGAUGCUGAGAGCAUCCUGAGUAGCGAUGAUGAUAUCGUGAGUGACGGUGAUAGCGAAAAGAUAUAUGCACUCGUCAAUGGUUUGGCUGGGAAUGUUGAAGAGCCGGUGACUCUUUCAGCUGGGCCCGCAGUAAGUGCUCUGUUAGAGCUGGACGGGCUGUCUUUUGCCGAGUUUUGCAGUGCCUCACAGGCAGGCGAAAUCGCCGAAGUGGUCGUUUUACGACCUGAGGGGGAGUUAAGCUCCUCAUCGCUUUUGGAUAAAGCAGUACUUGAGGAUACCAAGAAGGCGCUGAAUGCGCGCAGUGGAUCGCAGAUCUUGAAUGACCCUUCGGAUCCUUACUUUCCUUUGUUGAAGGAAUAUGGUGAUGUUGUCUCUAAAGAACCGCCUAAGAGAUUACCUCCGGAUAUAUGUGUACGUCAUGAGAUUGACUUGGUUCCAGGAACCAAAUACUAUGUGAUGCGACAGUGGCCGCUGCCACGAAAGCAAUUUGACGUCGUUUACGAGUUCUUUCGUGCAAAGCACGCGGCUGGCAUGGUGCGUGAGACCACUAUCCCGGCUCAAACACCGAUUCCUCGCAAGGAUGUUCUCCAGAACAAUAUGGUGGGAUGUACGAUGUGCAGUGCUCUCGACUUAGUCGAUGGAUGUUACCAACUGCUCAUGCUAGCUAGUGAUAUCCCGCUGACAGCGGUCAGCACUUCGAUUGGUAUGCUCUGGGAGUGGUUGGUGAUGUCCAAGGAUGUCUAA